AUGAGCAAGGAGAAGCACCACCGCGACUGGAUCCUCCGCCGCUGCUGCGGCGCCAUCGCCGCCUACAUCCUCACGCUCGCCGUGGUCGGCUUCAUCGUGCUCGUCAUCUACCUGGCGCUGCACCCCUCCAAGCCGUCCUUCUACCUCCAGGACGUGCAGCUCCGGUCCAUCGACCUCAGCGACCCGGCGCUCUCCCUCGACCUCCAGGUGACGAUCGCGUCGCGGAACCCGAACGACCGUGUGGGCGUGUACUACAAGACGCUAGACGCGUUCACGACGUACCGCGAUGAGCCGGUGCCGGUGCCGGUGUCGAUGCCGUCGAUCUACCAGGGCGACAAGGACGUGUCGGACAUCGCGGCGGGCUACGUGCUGCUCCACGUCAAGGCGGAGGGCCACGUCAAGUGGAAGGUCGGCAGCUAG